AAUUGUUUCUUUUCAUAGAUGUAAUCCAUUUGACGGCACCUGUGAAUGUGUGCCCGGUUUCGGUGGAAGACGUUGCAAUGAAUGUCAAACUAACCAUUGGGGCAAUCCAAGUAUCAAAUGCUAUCCUUGCAAUUGCGAUUUAACUGGGUCAGCUAGUCAACAAUGUGACAGAGAAACAGGGAUGUGCAUUUGUCAUAAAGGAAUUGGUGGCGAGAAAUGUGACCAGUGUUAUCGUGGUUAUUAUGGAACCGCACCACAAUGUAAUCCAUGCGGGGAAUGUUUCGACAAUUGGGACCUUACUUUAACUGGCCUAAGAAACAAGACAAAUCUCGUUAUCGAAGAAGCGUCAAGAAUUCAAAAGGUUGGAACGACUGGUGUUUAUAGCCAGGAAUUCGAUGACAUGGUUGAUACUUUGAAUCAAGUAAAGUCGUUAAUUAGUAACGCUUCCAUCAGAAGCCAAGAUUUAGAUGAACUGAACGAUCUCGCUAUUGACAUAAAUAAUAAUGUAUCUAUGUCAAGCAAGCAAUUGGAGAAGGUAAACAAUCUGUUAGAGAAUGUCAGUCAUAGGGUCAAUCUAGGAGAUGCUGCUCUCAAAAACCUUAAGAACAGAACGAACAAUUUGCACGAGGCUGCAGCGGAACUAAAAGAGAACGCAACUAGGCUACAAGAGGAAAAUGUGCAAGGCGCUUUGAACGUUACGCAGCAAAUGGCUGAACAAUCCAAACAAGCAGAAAAAAUGGCGAACGAUACUAACAACGUUUUAGCUGACGCGGAAAGAUUUCGUAAACACACGGAGAGUUUGCUGAUUAAAAAUAGUGCCUUUGUCGAGGAUGCAGAGGAAAGGAACAAGGAAUCUCUGAACAAGAUAAACGAUAAAUUGAAGACGUUCAAUAGAGUCAUGCCGGAAUUGAAUCUAGCAAUGUGUGGAGAUAACGUAACAGAUUGUAGCAGCAUAUGCGGAGGCGCUGGCUGCGGCUUCUGUGGUGGUUUAUCUUGUGAUGUAGGCGCGGUGACAAAAGCCAAUCAAGCUUUGGAUGUAGCUAAGAAGCAGGCUGCUAAAAUCAAGAGUUACAAGGACGAGGCUGAACAAUUACUUCGUAAUAUGAUCCAAGUGAAACGUGACGCUACCACGGCUAGAUCGAAUGCUCAAGAUGCUUUCAAUUUUGCGUGGAAAGCUCGCAACUUAUCUGACAACGUAACAAGAGAUCUUUCUGACAUAAACAAAAGAAUACGUAGCACGCUGGAUGAAGAGCAGCCUACGCCUGCUAUGGUCAGGGACUUAGCUAAUGAGGUGUUAGCUAAGAACAUCCAAUUAAAACCUGAUGAGAUCAAAAGAUUGGCUGAUCGCAUAAAAAGUAUCGUUGGUUCACUAACCGAUUCUGAGAAGAUCCUUGCAGAUACGAAGGAUGAUCUUUAUCGAGCAGAACAGCUAAAGCAUCAUGCUAAUAGAGCUGAGGAAGAUGCGAUAGAAAAACAGGAACUGGCCAAUAAAGUAGUUGUUUUGCUGAAUGAUGCUCAAAAAGCUCAAGAUUUAGCACAAGUCGCAAUCAAUCAAGCUGAACGGGACGUGAAGAGGUCCGAAAUGGACCUAGAGGAAAUCGCAGAAGUGACCAGAGGAGCUCAGAUGCAGGCAAACAGUACCACGCAAACUGUGAACGCUCUAGAUGGCCGUCUAAAGGUCUUACAGACCCAGUCUGUGAGGAACGAUUUUGUUCUGAAUCAAGAGAUCGGUAUUGAGGCAAGAAAAGUGGCCGAUGAAGCGCAGAAAGUCGAUACAAAGACGAGGAAGCUCUCUGAGGAAUACAAGCGAGCUGCCGAAUCACUAGGUCUUAGAGUGAAUAAAAGCAAGGAUAACAUUCAGAGAGCAAAGAAGCUCCUGCAGAGAGCUUCAGAAUUGACUGCGGACACAUCGACUAAAUUUAAAGAUCUUGAUGGUAUGGAGAUUGUUUACACAGAUAAUGAGAGGAUGCUAUUUGAUCUAAAGUCUGAAGUUGAUUCAUUGACAGGAGAAAUGGAAAAACAUUUAGCAGAGAUUGAACAGAAGGCGCAACAAUAUAGGCAAUGUAUUUCUUAAAUGUCUAAAAAAACUGUCAAUAAAACCUCUUUUUGUUUAUCUUUAAAAAGCAUCAUUUUGAUAAAAGAAAAUUUAAUGAUAUUUUUUUUAUUUAUUUCGACAAAAGAAAAUUCCUUAGAUGUUUUGUAUUUCUGCAUAAAAUAAUCAGGCUAAACCAGUUUGUCUUCCUUAAUUGUGUUAUUUUUUAUUUUCUUUGUUUAAAAUGCUAAAUAAUUGUUUGAUAAAAUGUUCAUUUCAUACGUAAGCUCACUAAAAAUGUCGAAAUUUAAAAGAAUUCAUUUACUGAAAAUAAAAAAUUAAUAAUUUUUUAGCCAAUAAGAGUUUAUUAUCCAUGCUAUAUAUUGGUGAGUUGUAAUAUAAAACACAAGAAUUAAAAUGAUAUAAUACUUCAAAUAGAAAUCAAAUGGAACAUUUCAAAUUUUUGGAUAUUUAAAAAAUACAUCUUGUAAAAUUCCGAGAAAAUAUAAGUUUUCUAGUGCCAUAUUUGCAAGAAGAGGGACCAUUUGCUAAUUCUAUAAGAGAAAAUCAUAGAGUACUAAUCAUUUACAACAUUUUUACUAUAACGUUAGCUAGUCUCGGUAAAAAUCAAAAAUAGAAAUGAUUUGUAAUAGGUAUGAAAGUUAAUAUAAGAAGGAAACUUUUUGUUUAAUUGAAUAAUAACAAUCAAUAAUUAAUAAAAACAAAGAAGUAGUAAUUUUCAAAAGAUAAAAAGAUAUUCAAUACCAAUCAGUUAAAUGUAUAUUGAUUAGUAGAUAUUUAAGUAUGUAAUGAUUAAUAAUACUAGGAAAAGCACGUUUAAACGUUAGAAUACAAUUUGUAUCCAAAUGUUAUGCUUACAAACAUUACAAAUGGAGCGAUAAAUGUUUUCUUAAGCUGUACAUAUUAUAUUCGACAUACCAUAAAAAUAUGCAUUUAAUCCUAUGUAUCCAAAUAAUAUUCUCAGUGACAUAUUCAUCAAAUUAUAGCUUUCUAUUUGUUGAUUUAUUAUUUCCUUUUUUAUUUAUCUUAAUCACAGAUAAUAAAUGGACAAAAUUUGAAAGA